AUGACGCGAACGGUUGCUCUUAGACUACAUUCAUCUUUACGGGGCAUGGCAUUUGAAAACGGUGCGGCGUGCUCCGCCAUUCCGUCACGUUUAAUGUCGUCGCACACCGAAACAGAGGGAGAAUUUGAUGCUCGGUAUGAAGCAUUUUUUAACAGAGAGGAUAUUGAUGGCUGGGAGGUGCGCAAGGCAUGAAUGAACGACCUUGUUGGUUUUGACCUGGCACCAGAGCCAAAAAUUAUAAAUGCAGCAUUGAGGGCAUGCCGUAAGAUAAAUGAUUACGCCCUUUCAGUAAGGUUCCUGGAGCCCGUAAAGGAUAAGUGUGGGGGCAAAGUCGAAGAAAUUUAUCCAUACGUAAUACAAGAAAUCCGACCGAUGUUGGAAGAGCUCGGAAUCAACACUCUUGAAGAACUUGGUUAUGACAAACCAGAAUUACCAUUGCAGAGUGUGUAUGAUAUGUAG